AGGCAAGAAAAACUUCACUAACAAAAUGAAGAGCAUUCUAAUAAUAUUUGGCCUAAUCCUUCGGACUGAAACAGUGGCAGAUCAGAGCCCAGGGCCAGGUCCUGAGUUUGCAGAUGUGGUGUUCCUGCUGGACAGCUCAGAUCACCUGGGAAGCAAAUCCUUCCCUUUUGUGAGAACAUUCAUCAGCAAGAUGAUCAGCAGUCUCCCCAUCGAGGCCACCAAGUACCGCGUGGGUCUGGCCCAGUACACUGACAUGCUCCACACGGAAUUCCAGCUGCAUACGUUCAAGAGCAGGAACCCCAUGCUGAACCACCUCAAGAAGAAUUUCGGGUUCAUUGGUGGCUCCCUGCAGAUAGGAAACGCCCUCCGGGAGGCUCACACCACCUUUUUCUCCAGACCCACCAAUGGGCGGGACAAGAAGCAGUUUCCCCCGAUUCUGGUGGUCUUGGCAUCAGCCGAGUCCGAGGAUGAUGUCGAAGAGGCUGCUGAGGCCCUGCAGAGAGACGGGGUGAGAAUCAUCUCUGUGGGGCUGCAGCAGGCGUCUGAGGAGAACCUGAGGGCCAUGGCCACAGCUCAGUUCCAUUACAGACUGCGGACGGUCAGAGAUCUCAGCACAUUUUCCUCAAGCAUGAUGGAGAUCAUCAAGAAUGCAACUAAGUACAGGGAAGUGGAAGCCGAUACUGAUGAAAAAGUCCCCCUGCCUGUGGUCUGUCAGAAAGAUUCACUUGCUGACCUCAUGUUCCUGGUGGAUGAGUCGGUAGGGAGCAUGCAAAAUCUAAGGAAUGUGAAGAGCUUCCUGGAGGAUGUCACCUCCUCCCUGGAUGUCAAGAGCAGCUGCACGCGGCUUGGACUGAUGAGCUACAGCACUGGUAGUGAGAUCAUUUCCUUUCUCAACUCUAGCACAACCCAGUCUGAAUUUCAGCAGCAGAUCCAGAAGCUUUCCCUCCGGACUGGAAAAUCCAAUGCUGGAGCUGCCAUUGAGACGCUGAGGAGAGAAGGCUUCUUAGAUCCCACAGGCAGCAGGAGGGCACAGGGCGUGCCCCAGAUGGCAGUCCUGAUCACUCACAGACCUGCCGACGACGAGGUGCGCAGAGUUGCUCAGGACCUGCGACAAGAGGACAUAACUAUGUUUACCAUGAGUAUCAAAGGGGCUAACUCUACCCAGAUAGAAGAGAUUGCCUCUUACCCUCCAGAGAAGACAAUUUCCCAGCUGGACUCCUAUAGAGACUUGAGAAAUUAUAGUACAAAGUUUGUGAAAAAGAUCCAGAAUGAAAUAUGGUCCCAAAUUUCUACUCGUUCUGAAUUAGUGGAUCUCGAUAAAACUGGUUGUGUGGAUACAAAAGAAGCUGAUAUCUAUUUCCUCAUUGAUGGUUCAUCCAGCAUCGAGAGAAGAGAUUUUGAUGUGAUCAAGGAAUUCAUGUCAAAAGUAGUAGACAUGUUUAGCAUUGGACCAAACAGAGUUCAAGUUGGAGUUGUGCAGUAUUCAGACAAGAUCCAAGAGGAGUUUAACAUCAAUCUCUAUACCAAUAAAGUGGACUUAACAAAGGCUAUUUUUAAUGUCAAGCAAUUGACAGGUGGCACUUACAUUGGGGAGGCUCUGGAUUUCACAUUGUCAAAAAUACAAGAAGGAAGGAAGCUUAGGCCAAGACCAGCACCCUGUUACCUCAUAGUGCUGACUGACGGGGACUCCUCAGACAGCGUCCUAGAACCUGCUGAGAGACUAAGGGCUGAGCAAAUCACCAUUUACGCAGUUGGCAUUGGGAAUGCAAAGAAGAUAGAACUACAGCAAAUUGCUGGAACUGAAGAAAGGGUUAUUUUUGGGCAGAACUUUGAUUCUUUAAAAAUUAUAUCAAAUGACGUUGUUCAUGGUAUCUGUACUGAAAAAGGAUGUGAAGACAUGAAGAUUGACAUCAUGUUUUUGGUGGACAGUUCUCACAGUAUAGGACUUGAAAAUUUUGGGAAGAUGAAAACCUUCAUGAAAAAUGUGUUAGAUAAGAUCCAGAUUGGUCCUAACAAAACUCACAUUGGUGCUGCUCAGUUCAGCACUAACACUAAGGAAGAAUUUCAGCUUGAUGAAUACUUUACGAAAGGAGAACUUUUUGAUGCAAUAGACAGAAUGCCUUACAUGGACCAAACCACUUUGACCGGGAAGGCACUAACCUUUGUAGACCAGUACUUCAGCCCCCUCAAAGGUGCCCGUACAGGGGUCAGGCAGUUUCUCAUCCUCAUCACAGAUGGAGAGGCGCAGGAUGAUGUGCAAAAGCCUGCUAAAGUUCUCCGGGACAAAGGAAUCACCAUCUUCUCUGUGGGUGUCUAUGGCGCCAACAGGACUCAGCUAGAGGAGAUCAGUGGGGAGGGAAGCCGAGUCUUCCAAGUGGAGAAAUUUGAUGAUCUAAAGACCAUAGAAAGUAAACUCAUCUUCCGCGUGUGUGCUCUUCACGAUUGUAAAAGGAUCGAAAUGUUGGACAUCGUGUUUGUGCUGGAUCACUCGGGCAGCAUAGGAGUGGAUCAGCAAGAGAGUAUGAUGAACUUAACUCUCCACCUGGUGGAGAAAGCAGGGGACCAAGUUCAGUUUGGAGCUCUCAUAUAUUCAAAUGAACCUACGGUUCUUUUCCACCUCAACACUCACCCGAAUAAGGCAGCCAUCGCUGCUGACCUAAGGAAGCGCAGAAGCACUGGAGGUGAAACCUACACGGCCAAGGCGCUCAAGCACUCAGAUGGCAUGUUCACAGAGGAGCACGGAAGCCGCAUCAAGCAAAACGUGAAGCAGGUCCUGAUCAUCAUCACCGAUGGGGAAUCCCAUGACCGGACUGAUCUGAGUCAGACAGCACAGAAACUGAGAGACAAAGGUGUCACCAUCUAUGCGGUGGGUGUGGGAGAGGCCAACCGAGUGGAGCUGGAGACUAUGGCAGGGAACAAAGACAAUGCUAUCCAUGUUGAGAAUUUCGACAAGCUGAAAGAUAUUUAUCUGCCCAUACAAGAAGGCUUGUGUAAUGCUACACCAGCGGUCUGUAAUAUUCAAGAAGCGGAUGUGGUUUUCCUUUUGGAUGGCUCUGACCUGGUAUCUAAUUUGGAUUUUGUUACCAUGACAACUUUCUUGUCGGAAUUAAUUGAUAAUCUUGACACCCAGUCUCAAAAAAUAAACAUUGGGAUGGCUCAAUUUGGGGAGCUGUACAGUGAAAUUGUGAGGUUGGGAAGUUCUCUGACUAGAACUGAAUGGAAGACUCGAAUUCAGAUGAUCAACAAGAUCACUGGAAUUCCUCAAAUGGACUUGGCCCUUAAAAAAGUGAGAUACAUGUUUGAUUCGUCUGCUGGUGGGAGAAGAAAUGCUGGUGUCCCUCAAACUUUGGUCAUCAUCACAUCUGGGGCUCCCUCCAGCAAUGUAGCGGAAGCUGUGAAAGUCCUGAAAGACCUUGGAAUUUGUGUCCUGGUUUGGGGCAUAGGAGAUGUGUAUAAGGAACAGCUUCUGCCCAUAACAGAAAAUGCUGGCAAAAUCAUCACUCUUCAAGAGUUUAAUAAAUUAAAGGAUGGGAAGGUGAAAAAAAGAAUGGUCCGUGAAGUCUGUCAGAGCUGCAAGGAAACCAAUUGCUUUGUGGACAUAGUGGUUGGGUUCGACAUCUCCACUCACCUGCAGGGGCAGAAUCUGUUUAAGGGCCAGACCUUGCUGAAAUCAUCCCUCCCAGGCAUCUUAGAAGACAUCACCUCCAUCAGGGGGGUGAGCUGUGGGGCAGGCACAGCAACACAGGUGAGUGUGGCCUUUAAGGUGAACCCAGCAUCCUCUGCCAAGUUCCACAUCUACCAGAGAGCCAUCUUCGACAGCCUGCUGCUCCCAGUCACCGUGGAAGGGCCAACUCACUUGAAUGCUGAGUACCUGCAGGCUCUGUGGGACACGUUCGAGGACGAACCUGCAUCCCGAGGAAAGGUGUUACUCAUAUUUUCAGAUGGUCUUGGGGGUGAAAGCAUGACAACGCUUGAAGAUCAGUCUGACAGGCUCAGAAAAGCAGGACUUGAUGGUUUGCUGGUGGUGUCCCUAAACACAACCGCUCCUGAUGAGUUUUCCAGCUUUGAAUUUGGAAAAGGAUUUGAUUACAGGACUCACCUGACCAUUGGAAUGACGGAAGUGGGAAAAAUGCUAUCACGGUAUCUAGAAAAUAUUGCAGAGAGGACUUGCUGCUGCACGUUUUGCAAGUGUUCAGGACCCCCAGGACGUCCUGGGACACAAGGACCAUCAAACUUGAAGGGUGUGAAAGGUCAGAAAGGCAGCAGAGGACACAGGGGAGAGGAUGGAGACCCUGGGGGACGAGGAGAGACUGGACCCACAGGAGAAAAGGGGAUUGCAGGAUGCCCAGGGGAGCAAGGCCAAAAGGGAGCCCUAGGAUACACCGGAUCAAAGGGGGAACCAGGAGAGGAUGGGGUUGAUGGACUCGACGGGGAAGAGGGCUUUCAUGGACUUCCUGGGAAAAAGGGAGAGAAAGGUGACUUGGGUUAUCAGGGAAGCCCAGGUUCCAGAGGAGCCCCUGGUGUAUACGGAGAAAAGGGAUUCCGAGGGGAUCCUGGAAAUGCAGGAACAAAUAAUAACAUCAGAGGAAGAAAGGGCUCCAAAGGAGAACAAGGAAGACAAGGUAGAACUGGACAGAAAGGAACAAAUGGCAGCCCUAGUUCCAUAGGAAUCAGAGGAAGAGGAGGUCAAAGAGGACCCCCAGGUGCCCCAGGGAACCCAGGAGCUCCAGGACCGAAAGGUGAACUGGGCGCUGAAGGAUUACAAGGACCACAGGGGUCAACUGGAAUACCUGGCAGAAAAGGAGAGGUGGGAAAUCCUGGCCAUAAAGGACCUCAAGGUCCAAAUGGGCCAGUGGGAGCUAAAGGGAGUGAUGGAAGACCUGGGUUGUUGGGGAAAAAAGGAGAACCUGGACUUCUUGGAGAUCCAGGACCACAGGGGCAAGUGGGCCAGCGAGGAAAGCAGGGAGAUAAUGGCAUCCCAGGCUACGGUCCGAUGGGACGAAAAGGAGUAAAGGGCCCAAGAGGAUUUCCUGGUGAUAUGGGGCAAAAGGGUGAUAUUGGUGAUCCUGGAAUUCCUGGGGGACCUGGACCCAAAGGAUACCAGGGAGUAACUCUCUCUGGAGGCUCUGAAGGUGCAAAGGGAUCUCAUGGACACCCUGGUCUUCCUGGCAGGAGAGGUGCUAAAGGCAUGGCGGGACAGCCAGAAUACCCUCUAUGUGAUCUGAUCCAGUUCUUGAGGAACCAUACUCCUUGUUGGAAAGAAAAGUGCCCAGCAUACCCAACAGAGCUGGUAUUUGCCCUGGACCAGUCCCAUGAUACCGAAGAACAGAGGUUUAAUCAAAUGAGGGAAAUGAUCAUUUCCAUAGUCAAGAAGCUUCACAUCAGGGAGAAUAACUGCCCUGUGGGAGCAAGGGUUGUCGUGGUUUCCUAUGACUCACAAGCCAGAUACCUGAUCCGGAGGUCUGACUACCACAGCAAGAAACAACUCCUCCAGCUUCUCUCCCAAAUCAGCUAUCAACGCCCUAUGGCGGACCAGGAUAUCGGUGACGCCAUGAGGUUUGUGGCUCGGCACAUCUUCAAGCGGACAUUUGCAGGAGGCAAUGUGAGGAAAGUCGCCGUGUUCUUCAACGCUGGACAGGCGGUCAGCCAGUCGUCCAUCAUCACGGCCACCAUGGAGUUCAGUGCCUUGGACAUCACUCCAGCAGUCAUUACUUUUGAUGAAAGGCUUUUCCUUGAUGAAGCUUUUGAAUUUGACGACACUGGAACAUUUCAGGUGAUCCCUGGUCCUUCACGGGGAAUUAAUGAACCUCCAGAAAGACUUUGGCUCUGUACCCUUUGCUAUGAUAAAUGUUUUCCAAAUGCCUGCAGCAAAGAUAUCAUCUUACCUGAAAAUGCAUACAUGGAUGUAGCCUUAGUCUUAGACAAUUCUCGGCAUGUAGCAAGUGAGGAGUUUCAGGCCCUGAAGACCUUGGUGAGCGCAAUGCUUGAUAACUUUAUCAUUUCCUCAGACCCUUUAGUGUCAGACUUUGGUGAUAGGAUUGCCUUGUUGACCUAUUCUCCUUGGGAUCACUCCCAGAGAAACCAGGGUGCAGUAAAAACAGAGUUUGACUUCACAACUUAUGACAACCAUGUUCUAAUGAAGAGCCACAUUCAGACUUACCUCCAGCAGCUCCAUGGAGAUGAGGCGAUUGGCCCUGCACUGCUGUGGACCAUGGAGAACCUCUUCCCUAGCUCACCUUACUUGAGAAAACACAAGGUGAUCUUUGUGGUGUCUGCUGGGGAGAAUCAAGAGAAUAAAGAAUUCCUAAGGAAGAUGGCGCUGAGGGCCAAGUGUCAAGGCUAUGUCAUAUUUGUGAUUUCCCUCGGCUCACUACAUAAUCAUGGCAUAGAAGAAAUAGCCAGCUACCCACCUGAUCACCACUUGAUCCAGCUUGGGAGAAUUCACAAACCAGAUCUGAAUUAUAUCCUGAAGUUUCUAAAGCCAUUUGUAUACUCAGUCAGACAGGGAUUCAAUCAGUACCCACCACGAAUGCUUGAGAGUGCCUGCAGCCUCAUCAAUUCAGAAGCAGAAGAUGAUGGAAAGAACUAUCUCUUAAUGACUCCUGAGCCACCUGAGAUUUCUUUGGCAGAUGCCAGCUUCACAAGUCAGGAAUUAAAUGCUGGAAGAAACAUAUCUUUUUUGUUGGCCAGCAAUGGAAGUGGCCAUCUGGUUUACGUUCCAAACCACCUAGAAAUGCCACAGGAAUUGAUGAGCAAAUAUGAAAAAGAUCAUGAUUCUGAAGAAAUCAUAAGUCUCAUUCCUGGAAAUGAAAAUCAAGGCAGAAACGAAGAACCAGGUCUUACUUAUAAACCUGGAGAUGCCUCUCUUCAAGAAUAUUUCAUGGAUGUGGCUUUCCUCAUAGAUGCUUCCCACAGAGUAGGAAACGAUGGCUUUAAGGAAGUAAAAGAUCUUAUAAUCUCAGUACUUGAUUAUUUUUACAUCGCCCCAGACCCACUGACCUCCCCACUAGGGGACAGAGUGGCACUCCUGAGCUACUCUCCUCCAGGCUAUCUGCCCGACACUGAAGAAUGCCCUGUCUACCUGGAAUUUGAUUUGGUUACUUAUAAUAGUGUCUAUCAAAUGAAACAUCAUCUCCAAGAUUCUUUCCGAAAGCUCAAUGGAGAUGUUUUUCUUGGCCAUGCCCUGCAGUGGACAAUAGACAAUGUCUUUGUAGGAACCCCCAAUCUGAAGAAAAACAAAGUUAUUUUUGUUAUAUCUGCUGGUGAAACCAACAUAUUAGACAAGGAAUUCUUAAGAAAUGUGUCUCUCAGAGCCAAGUGUCAGGGAUACGCCAUAUUUGUGUUUUCCUUUGGUCCUAUACACAAUGACAAGGAGCUAGAAGAAUUAGCCAGCCACCCACUGGAUCAUCACUUGGUCCAACUUGGUCGAACCCACAAGCCAGAUCUGAACUAUAUCAUCAAGUUUGUCAAGCCAUUUAUCCAUAUAAUCAGACGUGCCAUCAACAAAUAUCCCCAUGCAGAUCUGAGACCCAAGUGUGAAAACAUCACCUCUCCCAAAGCAGAGAAUGAGGGUACAGAAAACACUCCAUUCCUUACUCCUGGGGUAUAUGAAAUAGAGACAGAAAACAGUGAGCUGUUUGGUUCCCAAGAGCAGCAUUUCUUUGUAUUAGGGGAUAAUCAUAGUAAUGAUUCUGGGACCACUACUGAUUUGAUCCAGAAGUUAUACAUACUUCUUUCAACUGGGCAAGUCAUGAUGAGAGACAAGAAAGAGGCACAUUCUGAAGAAAUUACACCUCCAGCAAAUGGUAUACAGCACGAUGACAAAGAUGGUGAGGAUACAAAAUGAUCAUAGCAGAAGAAAGAAGAUAGCUCCAUUGGCACUUGUAACUCCGUGUGGUUCUAACCAGAUAGUAGAAACCAUUUAUUAGAUAGAUUGGUAAGUGAAAGAAUUUUUGUCAUAAAGUCUGUUGUCUAACGACGUGCCAAUUGUGUUUUCUGUCUCAAGUCUGGAGGAAGAAUUUUCCUACAUGAAAACAUUAGCGAGUAGCUCUGAAAAAGUAGAAAUGACUUUGGUUCUUCUUAGAGCUGGGGUACCAAUCUCAUAUAUAGAAGUUGAAAAACAAGGUCAGAAGAGAAAACACUCAGCAGAACUUGGACUGGAGUUGGUGUAUUGCACCAAAGUAAAAGACUCUGGGGGUGGGGAGAGGGUUCUGGUCCUGGAACAUGAUGGUGGAGGAGGACCCAGAGGAGGUUGUAUUGUUACGUGGAGAACUGGGAAAUGUUAUGCAUGUACAAACUAUUGUAUUUUACUAUUGACUGUAAGCCAUUAACCCCCCAAUAAAGAGAUUUAAAAAAGAAUUAGGGUACCUGAUCUUGAAGGGUUAACUGAAUCUUCAUUGACAGUUGUUCACCAUUCAAGAAUCAGUUCUAAUGAUGCAUUUGUCUGAAGAGGAAUAUUGGCAUUGUUUUUAUCACAUGAAUAAAAAGCAGCUGGAAUAGAAUUAUAAUUCCUAGGAAGGUCUUCUCUCUGAAUGAUAACCCCACGUCCAUAUCUUCAGCUUUAGCAAGGCUCAGAUGUUGAUUUCAGCUUUGAAUGACCACCUUAUGGUUGUCAAUGCAUACACUUUUCUGGGACACUCACCAAGGAAUAUAUUUCUCCAGAAGGAAGAGGGGGCAAGAACUGCUGUGUUUGUGUAGUGGUCAUUUAUUUUAAUUUUAGUAGACUUUGCUAUGUACGUUCUUGAUGGUUUUUGUUUUGUUUUGUUUGUAAAAUAGUUGUGGAAAACCAUGAUGUACUUGGGAAUUACAAUGUCAUAAGAGACAACUUCUAAAAUAAAAAACAAGUCUAGCCCAAAAGCUUCCUCUGUCCAUUUCUGUUUAAAUGUAUUCUAAUUUAUAACCAUUAGAACACGAAUCAAGGAUGGAAACAUUUACACAAAAUUGUAAAAUAAGUUGGUAAUGAAUUAUUUAAAUUAUUCAAUUUGGUUAAGAAAGCAAGUACUUAGCAAGUCAUUAAAUAUAUAAUGUAUUGUUCAAUGAUUGUGUUAUAGUAUAGGUAAUUUUGUACUUUUUUCACACCAUUCAUUACUCUUGUUAUUUGAGUAAUCUGUAAAACAACUCAGUCAAUUGACUACAGAUUGGUUAAAGCUAUACAGUAACCAUUUAUUGCCCUCUAGGAAGUUCUAAAGCAAACUAUACUAAUUUAAUAAAAUGUUG